AUGGACGCAACAAAACCAGUACCGGGUAGCGUCAGCUUGAUACGCUUCACAGUCCGCCGUCUGCACGCCAUCGCGACACUGGAUGUGCCCUCCGAGCUUAACCAAAAGGCCACCCUUGCCAUUCUCGACUACCUAGGCGCCAUCGCUUCAGGCCUUCAAGCACCAUGGGCUCCACAGAUACGCAAGUACGCUCGCAGUCGGAAAGGUGCCCCAGAAGCACAUUCGUGGGCUUCAGAGGAGAAUGUCUCCGCCGAAUCGGCUGCUUUUGUCAAUGCCUUUCUGGCGCAUAGUGCAAUCCGAGACGACAUGCACCUCAAAUCCAAUUCCCACAUCGGCUCCAUCGUCAUCUCCGCCGCUCUCGCUCUCGCCCAACGAGACGCUUGGACAGGAGACCAGCUCCUGCGAGCAAUCAUAGGCGGCUACGAGGCGGCGUCAUUGCUGGGCGUCAGUGUGCAGCAGAGCGCCUCCUACAAUCGCCACUUCCGUCCGAGUGGCAUCUGUGGAGCCUUUGGUGCUGCGGCUGCAGCAGUCACUGCCGCAUUCGUGUCGUCGAGGGUCAGCGAAGACGUUGCAGUCCAUGCCUUGGCUUUCGCUGCUAAUGCUUCAAGCGGGUAUAACGAGUGGGCAUGGGCGGGCGGACUUGAGAUAUAUACCGAAAUGGGAAUGGCGAGCCAGAGUGGAAUCGUCGCUUUCGAUCUCGCGGUGGCAGGCCUGGAGUGCAGUGAAACGCUGUUGGAAGGACGAGCAGGACUCUUUGCCGCUCUGGGGGCGUCUGAAGCGCCGGGUUGCAAUUACGCCCAAACACCCUUGGCCGUGGCUUUGAGACUCGCGCAAGCGCACAAGCUGGAUGCCAAAGCGAUUGCAGGCGUGAAAGUAGCUUGCACGAGUGGCGCGAAGAACUAUCCUGGCUGCGACAACCCAGGCCCCUUCACGAACGUGCAACAGACCAAGAUGAGCAUCCAAUUCGGCGUGUGUGCUGUCCUACUUCACGGAAACAUCUCCGAGCAGCUAUUCCAGAAAUUCGAUGAUCAGGAUGUCGCAAGGCUGGCUGCGGCAUGUAUCGUGGAAGCCGACGCUGCCUUUGCCGAUGGCUUCCGAGAAGGACGUCAGCCUGCUCGGAUCCAAGUCUCGCUGCAGGAUGGGUCUGUUAUCAACGAGGAGUUGCAAGACGUGCCGUGGCUUGAUGCUGAAGCCGUCGUCUCUCGCUUCCACGCGGAGACGCAGACUCUCUUCCCAUCAGCCGGGUACAUGCCCCCCAAAUUCCGCCUCCCCGCCCGCUCAGCAGAACACCGCGCCGCCACCCUCGCCCUCUACCGCGCCCUCCUAACACAAUGCCGCGCCCUCCCCUCCCCGAUCACCGCCCCGCAACGCGCCGAGCUCCAGAACAUCGUGCGCAACCGCUUCCGACAAGCGCGCCACUUGCACAGCAUUCGGCGGCUGAGAAUCUCUUUCCAAGCGGGGUAUGAAGGUAUCGAUCAUCUAGACGCGGCCGUGGGAGGGGAAGAGGCGAGUCGGGGGUAUAUUAUCGAUUUACUUGGGAGGGCACCAGAGAGGGUGAAGGGGCCUCCUCCCCUUGCUCCUCCUCCGCCGCAGCUUAUUGCAAAUUCUCCAGCGAGAAGUGCUGCUUCUUCUGGGAUGGAGGAAAAAAAGGGACCCUCAAUCUUCGACCGCCCGAUUCCUCUCGCCCAACUCGCCGGCAAGAGACACAUCCCCGUCCUCUUCAACGCAAACCACAUCCCCGUUUUGCGCAUAAAAAAACCGCAACCCGCGAAUCUCUCGGGCUAUUUGAAUGCGCGCAUUUUGAAACGGCAGAAUCGGCAGAAUUGGCGGUGGCAUUUGAAUGAAGAGAAGAGCGUGGCGGAGAGGGAGGACGAGUGGGAUGAGUUACUGGCGGAGGAGGCGGGGGUGGUAAUUGAGGGGAAGACUAUUGGGGAGGAGCGGGUGGCUUGGAGAGAUGCGUUUCGGGAUGCGAUUGCGGAGUUGGAUUGGAAGUUGGAGGAGGAGAAGAGGAGGAAUCGGCAGAUGGCUGUCAAGAUGUUGGGGGUUGUGGAUCGGGAGAGGGCGUUAUAUGAGAGCGAGAGGAUGGAGCGAGGGAGGGUGCGGAAGGAGGGGAGGUUGGAGCGAGAUGGGCAGGUGAGAGGUGGUGGUGAUACUACUCUGGCCUGA